UAUAAAUAUAGGUAGUACCAAUUGAUAAAGCUUUGACAUUACAUCUUGACAUUUUAAUUUUUUUAGUUGUAUUAUAUUGUUUAUUAAUUUUAAUAAUAUAAAUUAUAAUUUUAAUUAAAUAAUGUUUUCACGAGGCAAAUUCAUGUUGGCCUUGGAAUUUAUUUAUUUUUACUUAAUCGUAAAUUGUCAAGCUGAAUGGAAUACACCUCCAUUUUUUGGACCAGAUCCAACAACAGAUGAUGUACAAUUUAAAGGAUAUGACCAUGUUUCCAAAAGAACCAGGAUUAAUCUCAAAGAAGAAAUUGAACAACCAAUCAUCAUUGCUUCUAUAAAUUAUCAAGGUAGUGCAACACCUCAAGUUGGAAUUGUCGAAGAUGGAAAAAGUAAUUUUAUGCUUGGUGCCAAAUUAAUAAAAAAUAAUUCAAAUAUAUGGAAUGUUUGGAUAAAUGAAAAACAAGAUUAUGAAACUCCAUCAAUGCAAAAUUACAGAUUUUCAAUAAUAAUUGAAUAUGAAACGUAUGUUAUUGCACUUAAUAUAAUAAAUAUUGAUGAUAAUGCACCAGUCAUCCAGGCAAAUGAACGUAGCUGUGAAAUUGAAGAAAAUUAUUCCGGCAAAACAAAUUGUACAUAUACAAUAAGUGAUGCUGAUGGUUGGAUCAAUGAUGUGUCUAUUGAAUUUACAUCAGUACCAGAAGAAGGUGUAGAUAAUUUUAAAUUAACAAAUGGCACUCAAUUGAGUGAGUAUAAAAAAAUAGCAAGACUUGAAAUUAUAAAACAGCUGGAUUUCGAAAUAAUUCCUGUAUAUAUGCUAAUGUUGACUGCAACGGAUACAGCAAAAAAUAAAGGUACACUUAUGAGUGUUGUGCAAGUUAUUGAUAUGCCAGAUGAACCACCAAGUUGGACACGAAUAACUGCUGCUGAAAAUAUAUUUGAAAAAACAAAUCAUACAUUUACUGUGUCUGCUGUUGAUGGUGACAUUCAAAUAAAUGCUGAAAUUAAUUAUAAAAUUAUUCCUGAAAUUGAUAAUGAAAGUCAUUAUUUUGAAAUUGAUGCUAAAAGUGGAAUUGUCAAAAUUCAUCCAAUUGAUCGUGAUACAUUGAAAAAAGAAAUUUUUAGAUUUUCAAUUGUUGCAUAUGAAAAGUUAAAUACAACAUCAGCUAUUGAAGCAAAUAUUCUUAUUAUUUUAGAGGAUAAAAAUGAUCAUAAACCACAAAUAACACCAGAUGUACUUAAAAUUGAUAUUAAAGAAGAAACUUACAUGUCACUUGAAUUUAAUGAAUCAAUUAUUGGAAUCAAUGAUCCUGAUUUAGCUGAAAAUGGUCAAUACUCUGUUAAAUUAACAGAUUCAGAGUACAAUUGGAGCUCAGCUUUUUUAAUUGUUCCAAAUAAUGGUUAUCAAAGUGGUAAUUUUACAAUAACAAUUAUUGAUGCAUCACUGCUUGAUUAUGAAGAUGAAAAUUGGAGAAAUAUUGAAAUAAAUAUUGUAGCAACUGAAGUUGCAAAUCCAAGUCACAUUGAUACAAGAAAAAUUGAAAUAAAUUUAAUAAAUUGGAAUGAUGAAAUGCCAAUAUUUAAUAAUACAAAUGUUAAAGUAGAAAUAAAAGAAGAUGUAGAAAUUAAUUUUAUAAUUGCUGAAAUAUUUGCAACUGAUAGAGACAUUGAUGACAAAGUAACACAUUCAAUUGUUGGUCAAAAAUUAUUAAAAAUAAAUGAAACAACUGGUGUCAUUAAAACAGCACAAAAUGAUGCAUUGGAUUAUGAAUCAAUACCUGUUGUUAUUGUUCAGGUAUUGGCAACUGAUCUUGCAAAUCAUGUUGCAUAUGCAACACUGACAAUUCACGUUAUUGAUGUCAAUGAUGUACCACCAAAACUUUAUCUUCCAAAACAAAUUCCAUCACUUCUAGAAGAAGUUGAAAAUGGAACUCGUGUUGAUGCAAUUAUAACAGCAUCUGAUCCAGAUACUGAGGCUAAACUUGUAUUUAAUAUUGAUUGGAGUAAAACAACAGCUCAUAAAAGAAGUGUUUUAGUUAAUGAAAGUUAUUAUCGUCAACAUCUUGAUAUUAUAACAGAAUAUCCAGAUAAAUUAAAUACACGAGAAGCCAUUGGAAUUAUUAUUACAAAAGACAGAAUUGAUUAUGAAGCAUUUGAUGUAAUAUUUAUAACAAUUGUCGUGACUGAUACAACAACUGUUCACAAUGAUAAUUCAACAUUUGCAUCAUUGACACUAAAUAUUAUUGAUUGCAAUGAUAAUUUUCCAAUAUUUAAUAAAUUUGAAAAUAUGAGUGUAAGUGAAAAUCAAAUAACUGAUACAUUAAUUGGUGCUGUCACAGCAACUGAUGCUGAUGGACCAGAAUUUAAUAAAAUAUCAUAUGACAUUGCUCCAAUAAAUAAUACUGAAUCAUAUUUAAUUAAAAUUGAUUCAACAAGUGGAAUUAUUAGAGUUGACACUGACAAAGCAAUUGAUGCUGAAAAAUACGAAUAUAUUUAUUAUAGCAUUGUUGCAUCUGAUGGUGAAAAUAAUACAACAAUGACAUUGGCAAUAUUUGUCAUUGAUGUUAAUGAUGAAGAACCUUAUCUAUCGCCAGAUAAAAUAUUUAAUUCAACAAUACAUAUUAUGGAAAAGACACCAAAUAAUACAUUGAUUUAUCAAAUUUACAGUCAAGACAAUGACAGAACACAUCCAUUUAAUAAUGUGUCAUAUAAUUUAAAUGCAAAUCAAUCAGCUGCAUUUCAUCAGUAUUUUAAUCUCGAUAAAUUUUCUGGUUUAUUGAGUGUUAAUUUACGUGAUGGUUAUAUACUUGAUAGAGAUUAUGGUGCAUCUUCAUAUACACUUAACAUCAAACUAAGAGAUAAUUAUCUUGUUGAUGAUAUAACAUGGAAUACAAAUACUUUUGAUACAACAAUGACAAUAAUAUUAGAUGACAUUAAUGAUCAAAUACCAGAAUUACCAGAUCUUGGUGAUCCAGCUAAAGUAAUUACUGAAAAUACAAAAAGAGAUAGUUUAAUAUUGUCAAUUGAAGCAUCAGAUCAUGAUGAUCCAGAGACAGAUAAUACUAAAAUAACAUACAAGCUACUUGAACAAUAUAAAAUAAUAAAUAAUCAAGAUUCACCAUCAGAUAAUCAGUGUAAUAAUAAUAUUGAUCCAUUUAAACUUGUUAAUGAAAAUUUAAAACGUGCUCAUAUAUUUGCAAAUGAUGAUUUAAAAGGUUGUUAUGGUACGUGGCAAAUUAAAGUAUAUGCACAAGACAAAGGACAAAAUCCAGGACCUCUGAAUGACACAAAAAUAUAUAAUAUUAAAAUAAGUGAUUAUAAUUAUUAUGAUCCAGUUAUUGUUAUUCCAGCUCAAGCAGGAAGUGGCAUUCCAUUGAGUCAAGAACAAUCUUUGCAUACACAAUUAAAAACUUAUGAUAAACAGUUGUUAUCAAAUUUCAAAGCUAGUGACAAUGACAGUGGUGACAGUGGAAAAGUUACAUUUACAAUAACAAGUCUUACUGGUGAUGAUGAUGAUGAUAAAUAUUUUGAUAUUAUUAAUCUUGGUGAUAAUGAGGCUCAACUUCAAUUAAAAAGUUGGCCAUCAAAUAUUGAAGAAAAUAAUAAAUAUAAAAUAAAUUUAAUAGCAAGUGAUCAUGGUGAUCCACCAAGAAAUUCAACAAUUCAAGAACAUACAAUAAUAUUUGUCUCAACACAAGGACCAAAAUUUAAUGAUAAUCAAUGGAUGAUUUGGAUAAAAGAAAAUAAAACUGGUCUUAAUUAUUCACAAAAAAUACCAGAAGCAUUUGAUGAUUUGAAUGAUAAUGGUAAUUUUGUGCCAAUAUAUUAUUUCAUUGAUGAUAAAGCUGGUGAUUAUGAAUAUUUUAAAAUUGAUAUGAAUACAAGAUUAUUAACACUUGUUAAAGAAUUGGAUAGAGAAAAAAAAGACACCAUGUGGAUUAAUAUUAUAACAACUGCUGAUGCAAAUGGUCCACCAAGAGAUCCACGAGAACAAGCAAUUUUAAAUAUAACAAUUAUUGUUCUUGAUGAAAAUGAUAAUCCACCAAUAUUUGAAAGUAAAUUUUAUUCUGGUGGUGUUGCUGUGGAGGAUCAAGUUGACAGAGUUAUCAUGACAAUAAAAGCAACUGAUGCUGAUUUAAAUGACACAUUGAGUUAUACAAUAAUACCAGAAAGUAUGAUGACAUCAGACAAUUCAAUUUCAGCUAUUAAAAAUCCAUUUUUACUUGAUUCAAUAAGUGGUGAAUUAUUAUUAAAAUUUUCAGUAACAAGUGAGAUGAUUGGUUUUUUUAAAUUCAAUACAACAGUUGUUGAUGCAGUUGAUCACAGUGAUACAUCAAUAAUACAAGUUUAUAUUGUAUCACAAACAAAUCGUGUUGUAUUUACAUUUAAAAAUAGUCCAGCAAAUGUCAAAGAACAACGUAUAUUUUUGAAAAAUAUAUUUACCGAUUCAUUUGGUUAUUUAUGCAAUAUUGAUGAUAUUAAAAUAAGUGUUGACAAUAAUAAUAAUGUACUUGACAAUGUUACAACUGUUACAACUCAUUUUAUUAAUUCAAAUGAUAAUUUACCAAUUGAAUCAGAAACAAUUAUUCGUUUGUCAAGUGAUUUACAAACUGUUACAAGCCUCAAAGCAUCAUUGCAAGCAAAAAGUUUAUAUUUGAUUGAUGUACCAACUGGUAGCUUGACAGACACAUCAGAUCCACAAGAAAAAAUAUACUGGUUUUUAGUAACACUUUGUGUAUUUUUUAGUUUUAGUACUGUUGUACUUUUAUUCAUUUAUUUUUGGAGAACAAAAAUUCUUAGACAAAGACUUGAUAAAAUGGCACUUGAAUGGCAGUCACAAGAUCAAAAUGAAAAAAUAAAUAAACCUGUUGUUACACCAGGAACAAAUCAAUUUUCAAUUGUCGGUUCAAAUCCAAUUUGGAAAAUAGAUGGUGAUGAUGAUAAUAAUAGUAAGACAAAUGAUAAUAUCAUUGAUAAUAUUAGUCAAAGAAGUGGUGAUUCUGAUCUGAUUGGAAUUGAAGAUAAUUUAAAUUUUAGCUAUUUAAAUGAUGCAUUUAAUUUACCGAAAGAAUUUAAACCAAGUCAAGUGAAUGACAAUGUACCACAGACGUAUAUCAACGCAAAAUAUUAUGAAGACAAAUGUUAAUUCACUUGUAGUAAUUCAAAAUUAUUAUUAUUAUAAUUAAUUAAUGUAUUACAUAUAAAAAAAAAAAAUGUAAAAAUAAAUAAUUAUGUAAAAGUUGGCUCGACUAUAAAUUUGAAUUGAAAAUUUUAAAAAAUACAAAUACAGGAAAUAAAGGAAUUUCAUUUAUCAAAAAAAG